AUGGCUAAGCCCGGCUUCAGCUCUCGAUGCCAUCAAAGACUCCACCAAACCUGGUAUCAUGCCUCUUACCGCAUUAGUCGUCCGUCAAUGUGUAACAUGUGUACCUACCGCGGCAUGGCAGAGCGGGGACAUCCAGGGCCUGCUGCGUCAAGCCGAGUGAGCAAUGAUAUCUCGGGUAUCUUGGGCUGCUUCUAUUGGGCUCCUGGCCUCCACGAUGCACUAGGAGGCUUGCUUGCCUGA